ACAUCGAGUUCCUCUAGCGUACGGACGUGUGCUCUUGGCACUCCUCCACAGAAACAGAGUUACAAACAACGAUUUCGGGUUUAUUCCGAAGAAAAGUGCAAGUCUAAGAAGCGGAGCGGCGUGUCUUUAUUUGGAGAAUCAAACAGUUGAUGCAAAAUGCCGCCCAACGCCCAGGCCGGUGCCCAGUCCAUUACGGACUCGCUGAUCGCUGCUGCGGCUAAUGCCGCCGCUGAUUCGCCGCCCAACAAGCUGCAAGCGGACUCUACGGGAGUGCUCUUCGAGUGCGAUGUGGAGACCACCGAUGGCGGCCUGGAGAAGGAUAUUACCACGCUGAAGAAGGCGGAGAAGCGCCGCCUGAAGCUCGUCUGGCGAAACAUCAUCGCGUUCGGAUACCUGCAUCUGGCGGCACUUUACGGCGCCUAUCUUAUGGUUACCUCCGCCAAAUGGCCGACCAUUGCCCUCGCUUAUAUCCUAUAUGUGGUGUCCGGAUUGGGCAUUACUGCUGGUGCCCAUCGACUCUGGGCCCAUCGCUCGUACAAGGCCAAGUGGCCACUGCGCCUGCUGCUGGUCAUUUUCAACACGAUCGCCUUCCAGGAUGCCGCCUACCAUUGGGCCCGCGAUCAUCGCGUCCACCACAAGUACUCCGAGACGGAUGCGGAUCCACAUAAUGCUACUCGUGGCUUCUUCUUCUCGCACGUCGGCUGGCUGCUGUGCAAGAAGCACCCCGAAGUGAAGGCCAAGGGCAAGGGAGUCGAUCUAUCCGAUCUUCGUGCCGAUCCCAUCCUGAUGUUCCAGAAGAAGUACUACAUGCUGUUGAUGCCCAUUGCCUGCUUUAUUGUGCCGACCGCCGUGCCCAUGUAUUUUUGGGGAGAGUCCUUCGUCAAUGCCUGGUUCGUGGCCACUAUGUUCCGCUGGUGUUUCAUUCUGAACGUAACCUGGCUGGUGAACAGUGCUGCCCACAAGUUCGGCGGUCGCCCCUACGACAAGUUCAUCAACCCAUCGGAGAACAUCUCGGUGGCUAUUCUAGCCUUCGGCGAGGGAUGGCAUAACUAUCAUCACGUCUUCCCUUGGGACUACAAGACCGCUGAGCUUGGCCAAUAUUCGCUAAAUUUCACCACCGCCUUCAUCGACUUCUUCGCUAAGAUUGGCUGGGCUUAUGACUUGAAGACCGUGUCCACGGAUAUCAUCAAGAAGCGUGUGAAGCGCACCGGCGACGGCACCCACGCCACCUGGGGAUGGGGUGAUGUGGAUCAGCCAAAGGAGGAGAUCGAGGAUGCUGUUAUUACACACAAAAAGAGCGAAUAGGCGCAGGCUGGCAGAGUUGAGGGCCUAAUUAUGGGUGGGUUUAGCAGAAAAUCAAUCAAAUCCAAAUAAAACAAUGAAACAUAAUUUUCCAUUUUGCACAUUGUCCGCGAAACCAAUUUUCUAAAGCAGUGAAGCAACCCAUUUAAUUAAUUCUAAGAUAAAACGUUAAUGGAUUAUAACUGUGUGUUGUAUCUCGAAAACUUUAUACCGUCUGUGUUAAGCCAGCUCUGGAAAUGUUUUUAUUUCGCUCUGGAAUUGCUUUUUAAGCGAGACGCAAACUAACUUUGUAUUUAUAAAUGCAUAUAAUUGCUAAAAACCUGUAAAUUGAUGUACAAUAGACGCAAAUUGGAGCUUUUCA